AUGGCACAAACCUACCCCAUUCUCCCGGAGAAGCUUCUCCUCAUCUCAUUAAAGAUGUACUUCACCCCAGGCCGUACCCUAGAAUACAUGCGCGGCCUCCUAGACCCAGCCAACGAGAUCGUCAACCCCGCCAACAGCUCCAAGCUCCUCCUAGCUCUGAUCCCCGAUUUCCUUACCAUCUGGCCUUGCGCUGAGAUCCUUAAAGAAUAUCAGACCCAGCUUUUAGCAGCUGGCAAAACCACCCCCGGCCAACCUCCAUUCCUCCUCGGCGCCCAGGACUGCAUGUGGGAACAGAGCGGCGCAUACACAGGCGAAGUCUCACCGGCCUCCAUCCGUGCCUUGGGCUGCUCUAUCGUCGAACUAGGCCACGCAGAGCGCCGCGCGAUCUUCGGCGAGACGGACGAGCAGACGGCCCGGAAAGCUGCGGCUACCUGUGCACAGGGGAUGGUUCCGCUCGUUUGUGUUGGCGAGAUAACUGCGCCCGGCGCUGUUGCGUCCGCGGCGGUCGGACAAGCUGUUUCUGAGUGUUCGGUGCUUAUUCGUGCUGUGCUUGAUGCUAUACCUGCCGAAGCACCGGUCAUCUUUGCCUAUGAGCCUGUCUGGGCGAUUGGGCAGCCGAAGCCUGCUGGUGUGGAUCAUGUGGCUGCCGUCGUGGAGGGGAUCAGGGGUGUGAUCGGGUCGCGGCCUGCGCGUGUGUUGUACGGUGGUAGUGCUGGACCCGGUCUUUGGGGUGCGGGUGGAUUGGGUAAGGCCGUUGAUGGAAUGUUUCUUGGACGAUUCGCGCACGAAAUUGAGGGUGUGCAAAAGGUUGUCCGUGAGGUUGAGGAGAGUCUUGCAGCUUGA